GUACAAAUAUUACAUCGCAUAAUGAUAAAGUAAGAAACAUCAAAACAUGGAAAUGUCUAUCAAAAAGCAAAAUUUAUCAACUUUCGCUACCUGUAAAAUUUGAUGACAAUCUUCAGUUUAUUUAUGACAUCAUAAGCGCAUAUGAUAAUUAUAUAGAAAAAAAAGCAGCUUUAAUACAUAGACGUGUAGAAUUUUACAAGCAAAUAAGUUACACUUUAUUAAAUGAUAAUGACACAUUCGAUACGUAUAUGAAUUUGCAUUCUUGUGAUAUUGUACAAAUUCAGGAAGAAACUGGGUUGUCUUACGCUAUACUAAAGAGAAUAUUUAUGCAUAGAUAUAAUGAUGGUUUAGUAUAUUCAUUUAUUUGGGUUGACUGGUUGCGGAAAUACUCUAUACUUGAUCCAAUUCUUCAAUGUCCAGUUUAUGAAAAACAAACAGCUAAAAAUACAAGGUGGCACCGAGUUUACCCAAUAAGCCUUAUAGACAAUUUAUCAAAGGUUCAUUUUGUACACUAUUGUCAUUCUACAUGUACUUCAACUUCACAUAAUUCUUCAAAUAAUCAAUAUAUUAGAAAUAAAUUUUAUUAUGAAGCAAUUUAA